AUGGCGGUUGAACUAGGGCACAUGAAGCGAUCUGUCGCUGGACACCUGCCAGCUGUCCCUGAGCCUGAGAGGAAGCGCCGUCGCAUUCCUCUACAACAAGUAGUGGGCGAGCUGCGAGCGGCUGGACUGUCUCAGCCCGCGCUUUCCUUCAUGCAGGAAGUUGAUAAGCGGCGAAGACUAGAAGGGCCAGACCUCAAAGUUCUGAAGCGUGACGUGCAAGAACUAGCAGUGACGGAUGCCACCAAGAGACGACGGAUAAUGCCGGAGCAAGUGCCCGUUCUGAAAGUUGCAAAACGUCGCAUCGCUGAAGUACGGGAGCUGACGCCGCAAACUGGUGCCAUCGUUCCCUUUAAGCGCCCUCAUCAGUUCCAGCCGGUCCGCAGCACCAAUUCUUGUGUACAGCUGCUCUUAUCCGGUGCUACUGGACUUACGCAGCUGACGAUGGACUCCCACGGAACCAUCUUCGAGGUCUACGACCACGGCUUCUUGUUGACAGAGCUUCCAAGAGGGUGGCAGCCCAUCGUGAACUCGUCUGGGCGUUUGGCGAGGGUUGCGAAGGUUGCGCUGGACCCGCACGGUACUGCCUACUUUCUGUCUGAGGGCGGCGAGCUGUUGAUGAUGGUGUCUGCCGUGCGAUAUCUUGAGCGCUCCACACCUGAUGAUGAUGAGUUGAAGCUUGAAUUUGUUGACAAAGCCAAGAUUCCUGCCGAUGCGCAUCUGGACCUGGACUUUGAUGAAAACUUCAGCCCUUCCACCUUCGCACCAUCACCUGGUGCUGAGAUGACUACGGACGAAGAGGCUAUGGAUUGGGAGGCUGUCUAG